AUGGCCAUUCUACUUCACUGCCUCCGCUCUCUUCAUCCACCAAACCUCAAGCACCAUAACCCUAACAGACCCAAGACUCUUUCUGCAUCUCUUGAAGUCCCCACCUUUCGGAGAGAUGUGGUUCUCAGAACAGCAUCUCUCUGUUUCGUCUCCUUCGUAUUUCAGAACCCACUUCUGGAGUCUUUAGCUGAACCUUCGAAGUCUCCCAAACCGGCUAGACUCGCCAUUGCCAAUACAAACUCUUGGUUCCAGUACUUUGGCGAUGGUUUCUCAAUCAGGAUUCCACCUCAGUUUGUUGACUUCACUGAGCCUGAGGAUUACUCUGCAGGAUUGUCUCUAUAUGGGGACAAGGCAAAGCCAAAAACUUUUGCUGCCCGUUUUGCAUCUCCUGAUGGAUCAGAAGUUGUGAGCGUGGUCAUCCGCCCUUCAAAUUCCCUUAAGAUCACUUUCUUAGAGGCUAAAGAUAUAUCUGAACUGGGAUCAUUGAAGGAAGCUGCAAGAAUCUUUGUUCCAGCAGGUGCGGCAACGAUUUACUCGGCUCGUACAAUCAAGGUCAAGGAGGACGAAGGCUUCAGGCAAGUCUCCUUAUAUCAAAAUUACUACCUGUACGAGUUUGGGAGAGAUGAAGAACGUAUUGCUCUAGUAGCAGCGGUGAACAGGGGGAGGGUUUUUAUAGCUGGAGCAGCUGCACCGGAAUCCAAAUGGAAAGAAGAUGAGUUGAAGCUUCGAUCUGCUGCCAUUUCUCUGACGGUCCAAUAA